AUGAGCGGUCGUUUUUCUCGAACCAUCUAUGUUGGCAACCUCCCUUUGGAUGUGCGUGAGAGUGAGAUUGAUGACCUAUUCUACAAGGUUGGUGACCUAUUCCGGGAAUCAUUAUUGAAUAAGAUCUUAACUAUGUUUUUGACAAUUUUUAUGUCUACGAGAGGUGCUUACAAUGCGUUCUCAGUUGUGUCCUCAUCACUAGCUUUCUCUUCCUCGAUGUAGUUUUUCACUGUUAUUCUUUCUUAUGCUGGAGUUAUAAGGAUCGUAUAUAAUUCAUCUAUCUUGCUAAAUUGGAUUCUAUCUUCCUGUGAGGGCUAUUUUUCUUUGUGCUCGUGGAAGAGGUGUUAAAUCGUUAUCAGUAUUUAAAGAGUUGAAGAGAAUUUUGCAGGGAUUUUGAUGUCUAAGAUAUCCAAGGCAUGAACUCAAGUAUUACGCGCUGACAUGGGCAUAUGUGCAUAGACCUGGAAAACCAUUGACAAUAAGGCAUGUGUGAGCCGGAGGAAUGUAGCAUUCAAUACACACUAGAGGCAUGUGUCAAUAUGUGCGAACAUGAACAUGAAAAAGUACGAAACGUUGGCUUAAGUUGUGUUGAACAAGGUGUCUUAUAAUUUCUUGAGGGAUUUUAGAUGAUGUGUGUCGUGAUCCAGAUGCUUGAGGUAGGGAAGCUUGUUGUCGGUGGGCAGACAUUAUAUUUUAUUCAUGUGUGAGGAGUAAUUCCGCUCUUAUACACAGAGCUAGUGGAACUACUUGUCAAGUUAGAUUCAAAUUAUGUUCUCACAUGGAUUGAUAAAUUGGAAAUCAGAUGAAUUAUCAUGUGGUAUAAGAGUUAUCUACAGCGAAAUCACCAUGUCAUGAUGGAUAAAACAAGGCGUACAUCAGGUCUUUGAUUCUUACGUUUCUAGUUUGUCCUUAUAAUUUCAGCAUCCGAAAGCCCUCAACCCUUUCCCCCAAAAGCUGUUGCAUCCGGAAUAUUUGUUGACUAUCUCUGUGCCGUUGGUCCUCUGCCCAUCAAAAUCUGCCACUUGUUGCUCGGUGCUCCAUUCUGAUUUUUGAUUAAGCUGUGAGCAUAAUGGUUUAACUCUUGAAGUAUUUCGGUGACCAGUCAUUGGAUCAGUUUGUCUGCUGACUUCAUCCAACUUGAUUAUAGAUCAUUCUUGCUCAGUCCCCUACAUUUUGCAAUUUCGGUUGGAAUUUUUACCAAUAUGCUUAUUUUCUUUAGGUUGUUUAUUUAGUCUUUUAGCAUAAUAAAGCUACUGUUCUCUGGAUAUUAACUUGCGUGACAGUUUAAGGGCAACUGAACUUUUUGAGGCUUUCUUUUAUUGGAGCUCCAUCCUUUCAUCUCCUCGAGCUUCCUUAACAUGCAGUCUAUUUUUGGUCUUGUUUAGUGUUUGUUAUUAUUUUUUUAACUCACUGCGGCUCAUUCGUUCUGUGAAACUUAUGUACCCUUGUCUUUAUGUCCUAACCUGACUAUUAUUUGUGUACUUGUUCCUUAUUGUGAUGUACCAUUCUAUCUUAAUAUUUAAAGCUCGAAAUGACCGAAGCUCUUCAUAAUGUACAACUUCGAUUUGUUUACCAUCUUUGAUACUUUCGUUUAAUCUCCUCAGUUAUUAUCUUCUUAAUGUUAACGGUUUCUUACGACUGUUCUAGUAUUCAUCACUCCAUUGACCACUGUUAAUGAUAUUCUGAACAUCUUAUCUUGUUUACAUGUGUAUAUUGUAUUCCCUAAUCUUUGCUACCUGCAGUAUGGUCGGAUAGUGGAUAUCGAGCUGAAAGUUCCACCUCGUCCUCCUGCUUACUGCUUUGUUGAGGUGCAUUUUUGUCCUAUUGAUUCAUGUUUCCUACAUUUUUAGCAGAUUUCUGACUUUUUCCCUGUAUAUUCCUAUAGUUUGAAAGUUCUCGAGAUGCUGAAGAUGCAAUCAGGGGUCGGGAUGGAUACAACUUUGAUGGUCACAGUUUGAGGGUAAUCAGAAUUCAUAUCUGCAUCUCCACAUGUAGUAGAGUGAAAUUGGUGGCUUCUAACUGUUGCUUAUAUAUCAGGUUGAGCUUGCUCAUGGUGGUAGAGGCCCGCCAUCUGCUGUUGAUCGGCGUGGUGGAUAUGGAAAUGGAGGUGGUGGAAGACAUGGAACAUCACGCCGUUCUGAGUAUCGAGGUGGAGUUUAUUAUACUUCAGAUCUAUUCAAUAUUUGAAUAUUUGCCUCUGCUAUUGGAACUGUAUUAUUUGUUUUCAAUCUGAAUUAUGAAAUUGAUCGAAGUUUAGUGCUUUGGAGAAAAAUACAUUAUUUUAGACUCCUGACUGUUGUUAGAGCUUAAAGCUUUCUUGGUCCGUGCUCUUAUCAUGGGUUGCUGACUUGCAGUCAUCGUUCGCAACCUACCUUCAUCUGCUUCUUGGCAAGAUCUGAAGGUACCGCAAUUUCUAAUCUUGUGCACACUAGUUCAUCCUUGGUAACUUUAGCUGACGUGUAAUUACAUAUCACAGGAUCAUAUGAGGAAGGCUGGAGAUGUUUGUUAUGCUGAAGUUUUUCGUGAGGGUGAUGGUAAUCUAUGAUGCUUUUAAGUAUCUCAUUUGAUGUUCUGGGUUACUUCUUUGGUUCUCAGUGUUUUAAGUGAGCCAUGAUUUUUUUUUCCUCCAUGUAAAUAAUACGCAAAGUGAUUGUCAAUUAUCUUCUGAUUGCUCAUCUUUCCUUUCUGAUCGUAAUUCUUCCUGUACUUAUGAACUGCUUGUUUGGAGCGAAAACCAUGCGACUCCUUGUAGAUUUACUAUUAAUUACAAGUUGCAUAUGCAACCUGUGAUUCAGUUCUAAUUGGCUCUACCUAGUGAAGAUUGCAAACACCAUUAAACAUGGAAAAAUAAUUUCACCUUUUUGUUUGAAAGCAUGAACAUUCUUUCUCCCACACUACCUUUGGUGUGUCUCAGUUAACGUCCUCAAAAUCAACCGACUCACAUGUUGUUUGACCAGUUCGGAUCGGAAUCAGAUCUGACUGAUCUACUUGAUUUCGAGCGUCCUGAUCCUGAGUUUUAUGUCACAGAGCCGGCCUUGAAUUGCAUAGUUGGCAGAUUCAUUGCUGAUUUGUGGAUGACUUAAGCUAAUCCCAAUUAGCAUCAGAUUGGGUUGGCCAAACUUCCCAAUCCGAUCAUCAACUGUGUUUCAUGAUCGUGACUUGUGUCUGAGAAUCUAUCAGAGUGGCCUGUCGCUGUAAGUUGGGAAAGAUUUUCGACAUGUGGUUAGAUGUGUUCUUGCAUUGAAUUCAUAGCUGUAUAGUUUAAUGGCUAUUGAAGGAAGUUGGGAGAAUUUGAGGAUGAGCAAGAUCGACAAGCUGAGGAGGAAAAGGAACAAAAGACAGCAGACCACAAGGAGAACGUUUCAUAGCAGAUUUUCAUGGCGGCCAAAACAUGUUGGGUGUGAUACUUGGAACAUGUUCUCUUUCACAUGAAAUCUUAAUUAUGUAGAACAAGCUCAUGUUAGGUGAAUCAGACGCAGGUUGAGCGGAAUGAAUUCUGGAUCUUGCAUCCAUGAUUUUUCCAUAUGAUUUGAAUUUACGGCCGAUUUAUGAGAUGCAUUACAUGAAUUAAAUUGGUUCAUGCAUAUGGAAAAAAAAUUAAUUAAUUAGUUUCUUAACGUCAUCUCUGAAAGUGUGUAUGCUCGUUUUCUGGCUUAUGUGCAUCCCUAUGAUGCUAAGGUUCAAAACCCAAGCAUCAUCAAUGAAUCUGCUUGGUGGCUGGUUCGUGCAUAAUAUUUCUCUAAAGUUUCUUUGCCUCAUGUAUUUUCUCAUGACGCAUAUAUUCGUCAAGAAUCGACCUUUGUUAACCCAGAUGUUCCAUGAUUCCAGGAACUGUGGGCUUAGUUGAUUACACCAACCUCGAGGACAUGAAAUACGCUGUAAGUGUCCACCUCAACUUAACUGUGCCUAGUUGUAUUCUUUUAUUGAUCUCAGUUACAUCCCCUUCUAACCCGCGUUCCCAAUCCCUCAGAUUCGAAAGCUGGAUGACACGGAGUUCCGCAAUCCUUUCUCAAGAUCCUACAUUCGGGUAAAAUGCUGUUCUUAGUAGCACAGUUGCUUCCUGGCUGCGCGCUAUUCUUUCUGAAAAUGGGUAGAAUCAUAUCACCCCAUGCGUUGGAGCAGGGGAGAUGAGGCUCUCUUAUUGGCUUUUAACUUAGUUCUAGGAUGUGGGUUGUAGUUGCUCCUGCCUUAUGCGUUGAAAAUCAUAGCUUCUGCUGUGAGGAAACCAGUUCAAGUGAUGUCACCAUGGAAGUCAACGCUAAACAGCUCAGAAAGAAAGGCCACCUGGGGCCGACCUGUCUGAAAGAGGGAAAAAAAAAAAGAAGGGACUUCUAUGAUGCCAACUCGGAUUCUGUUCUUGCCUUUUUUGACUGCUUCAGUAAUUUCUAUGAUGCUACUGCAUCUUCUUCGAGAGGUGUAGUUGACUUUCGGGUCAGAACUCGACGUACUACUUUCCUUAGUUUUUUUUUUUGGCCAAAUGAGGAAAAGUCUUCCUCGAAUGAAUCAUCCGGGUGAUCUUGUCGAGGUUUUUAAUGUGUGGCAGGUGGAGUCCCACAAAGGAAGCCCAUCCAGGAGCCGUAGCAGAAGCCGAAGCCGAAGCAGAAGCAGAAGUCCAAGGAAGGAGCCAAGGUUGACAUAUUUUAUUUGUAUGAAUAAAAAAAUAAUAAUUUUAUGAAAUAUUUUUUACCGUUCAUUUCCUGCAGCAAAUCCCCCGAUCGCCGUCCAUCCAGGUCGGCUUCCAAGUCCGCCUCUCCGAAGUCAAGGUCCGCCUCUCCUGCACGACUGUCCAGGUACUCUCCGGAAUGUUCUCGAAAGUUCUCCUUCUUCUUCUUCUUCUUCGGUCAUUUCAUCCAUGUUUUUAUUUAUCUUACCAGCAGGUCAAGGUCCAGGUGAGUUUGACCGCGCCGACAGUAUCGUCGUCCUGUGGCCGCAUGGUGCCACGUGGUGUUGA